UUUAACCGGAUAAUCAGGGUUGCGACCCAAAAGAUUCCCCAAAGGCCGAUCUUUGCUUGGCGUGUCAAAGCACCCUUUCUUUGCGUCGGCGGGCUUGGAGAUUCAAGGUCCAGAAAACGAAUCAGUGCUUUGCGUCGGUGGAGCAGUACUGAGUGAUUGUCUCGGAUCCCCCACAGGGUGAAACAAAUGACCCCUUCGUGGGGGACAAGCCCCGUGGCAGAAAAGGGCAAUCCGUUGCAUACAGCCUAUUUAAGGUUGACGGUAUUCAGGCAUUUCAGCUGAGACCAACAAUUUAUACGAACUCUUCCUGCAUCUCAUCUUGACUCCUAGAACCAACGCGCUACAAUGAGAAACCUCAGUACCUGGCCCACAUUCGCAGCCCUCCUUUGGUCUGCUCCAAGGGUCCUGGCGCAGUGCGGUCUCCCGUCAACGUACAGCUGGACGUCGACUGGCCCGCUCGCUGAACCCAAGGACGGAUGGGCAUCACUCAAGGACUUCACUGCGGUCCCGUACAAUGGGCAGUAUCUUGUGUACGCAACUUAUCAUGAUACGGGCACGAGCUGGGGCUCCAUGAAUUUCGGCCUCUUCUCGAACUGGUCCGACAUGGCCACGGCGAGCCAGAACGCAAUGACUCAGUCGACUGUCGCGCCCACGCUAUUCUACUUCGAGCCCAAGGAUGUCUGGAUCCUCGCGUACCAAUGGGGCCCUACUGCAUUUUCCUACCUGACGUCGAGUGAUCCAACCGAUGCCAAUGGUUGGUCAUCACCCCAACCGCUCUUUUCCGGGUCAAUUUCAGACUCAGACACCGGGGUCAUUGACCAGACAGUCAUCGGCGACAGUACAACAAUGUACCUCUUUUUCGCGGGAGACAACGGCCGCAUCUAUCGCGCCAGUAUGCCCAUCGACCAAUUCCCCGGCGAUUUCGGUACCGAGUCCGAGAUUAUCCUGUCAGAUGAAAGAAACAACUUGUUCGAAGCUGUCCAGGUGUACACGGUCUCAGGUCAAAGCAAAGACACAUACCUAAUGAUUGUCGAAGCGAUCGGGGCACAGGGGCGCUAUUUCCGGUCAUUCACUGCCGACAGCCUUGGUGGCUCAUGGACACCGCAGGCGGCCACUGAGAGCGCACCUUUUGCUGGCAAAGCCAACAGCGGUGCCACCUGGACGGACGAUAUCAGCCAUGGCGAUCUUGUGCGCAGUACCCCGGAUCAGACAAUGAGCAUCGACCCUUGCAACCUGCAGCUCCUCUAUCAGGGCCGAGAUCCCAGCCUCAACCCCGGCUACGACCUUCUGCCAUAUCGGCCAGGGCUCCUCACCCUGAAGUGAGGGUGCUUGGGAAAGGAAAGGUGGAGCUACCCAUGCCGUCUUGUUACUUGAUUGUGGGUCAGCGUCUUAGAAUGUAUAUACUUCGAAACAAUCUGAAACAAAUAAUUAUAGC